AUGGCUCCAAAUACUUUCAAAAAGCAAAAGAUCGCUAAGACGUUUACUGUUGACGUUUCUUCUCCAACUGACAACGGUGUUUUCGACCCAGCUUCUUACGCUAAGUACUUGGUUGAACACAUCAAGGUUGACGGCCACCUCGGUAACUUGGGUAAUGCCAUCACUGUUGAGGAGAAUGGUUCCACUGUUACCAUUGUUUCUACCGCAAAGUUCUCUGGUAAGUACUUGAAGUACUUGACCAAGAAGUACUUGAAGAAGAACCAAUUGAGAGACUGGAUCAGAUUCGUGUCUAGCAGCACCAACGAAUACAAGUUGACCUUCUACCAAGUCACCCCAGAAGACGAGGAGGAUGAGGAAUAA